AUCCAAUUGUUUCCUCAGCCCAUACUCACGUUUAUAUCUAAGCUUAAGCCGGUCAAACCUCCGUCUUUCUUGUGCGCCGUUGUUAAGGUAAAACAAGCCACCGACGCAUGGCCGACAAGCAUUCCUGUUCAAUAAUUCUGGAAGUCACAUCAUGCAGGGAUCGUUCUCGAUUCCGCGAAUUUACGGAUAGAUAGAGGCGGAAUACAUUCAUGGCCUGGUUCGCCGUUAAGAGCCAGAAGACUUCACGGAUUGUUCUGGGAUUCAUCUCCAGAGAGUUAACUCAAUACAAAGGCGAUAUGUGUUUCAACAAAACCUAUACACCCAAGAUUUGACUCAUGUGCUUUCCAACCCGUACAACGGACGCCUGAAGCCGCGACGGACCGAAGACGCCAAGGAUGAUCAUCAACGGCUAUCCCCACGAUCGCCAGGGUGACAUGCCCCCCUUUGAAGUCUAAUCAAGAAGAGCUGAAGAAGAUCACCGGCAGAUUUCAAGUUCGUAUGCCGCACUUACAAGAAAUAUGCAUGCAGAGCUGAAAAGAGAGGCAACUCAAAAACACUUUCGAUGAAACACUUUCCCGAAAUGAUGCUUCGGUCUGCCGAAAUGGGAGAGUGGCAUGAUAGACUGAACUCGCCCGGGUGUUACACGAUCAUGAUCAACUCGAAACUUGAGUCUACUCCCAAGGCAGUACGUGGGACGAAUGACGAAUUAGGCCAUACCGCUAGGACACUGGAGGUAUGUAAAAACUAUAUAAGAUAGCCUCAGGUUAGAGAACCCAAGGCCUUCCAUCACCCAAUAUCUUCAACCAAACACCCAAUUCUACUCCAGCCCCUAGAACCAUCAAAAUGCACUCCCCAACUCUAUCCAUCUUCUUUACCCUCCUCCUAUCCUCCCAUUCCCUCUGCGCUACCAACGAGCCCUGUUACGGGCCCAGCGGUCGAGCAGGUGUAUGCAUCACCGAAGCGUCCUGCACCUCUGCCGGCGGCACCGCCAUCUCUGGUGCAUGCCCCGCCGACGCUGCUAACAUCAAAUGCUGCUCCAAGCCAACCUGUUCUUCGGGAAACUGCCGCUGGAGCUCUGAUUGCGCUGGCACCUCUGCUAGCAACCAGUGUCCUGGACCUGCGCAGAUGAAAUGCUGCUCUUCUGCUGCCACAGGCUUCGGGGGAUAUUCUGCACCCGCGAUCCCAGCUGUUGGUGCUUGCAAGCAGGUUUCUGUCAACGCUGCCAAAGCGGUGGUGAAUCAGUUUCCUGGUAGGAUCAGGGAAAUUGGAUGCAAGAGAGACUGCUCUUGUCCUGGAUCUUCUGACCAUUGCUGCGGUCUUGCAACUGACUUCAUGUGUUCUGAUGCCGGCGGUUCUGCUACCCUUUCUGGAAAAGAAAUCGCCGAGUGGUGCAUGAGGAACCGCAACACUCUCAACCUCAAGUAUGUCAUUUGGGGACAGAAGAUCUGGACUACCUCUGUCGAUAAGACUGAGAAGAGCUGGGAGAACUGGCGAACCAUGGAAGAUCGCGGCGACCUAACUCAGAACCAUUGGGACCACGUCCACGUCUCUUACAAUGGUUAGAGCCGAACUCGCGAGAAUGAGGAUCUGGAGGUAUCUGGAGGCAUAUUGAAGAACUUCCGGCGUCACUGCGAUUUGGACAAAAUAGAAGUAGUAGUCGUGGUCAUUCAACAUCAAAUUCUGUCCAGCCAAAAGUCAUAUAGCAAUUUUCAACACCGUCCGAAGUGUGACUGCCUUGUGGUAUCUCGUCUAAUAUCUACCCUCAACGCCAGGCAACUGCGCAUAACUGUCUCGAUGUGUAAUCACAAUGCCAAGAUCAAGUCCAUCAUCCAUCAAAACGCCGGGAAUGAAGAUCCCACCAAUUUUAGCCCCCAAAUGCUUCAUUCACUACCUCGCCCUCAUCCGGCGUCACCUCCAGUUCGAGCAACUCAUGGGCUGCCUCAACUGUCUCUCCAUCGAUCCCGGCCUCCAUCACUAAAUCUUCUUCGGCAAAAGCAAGUCUUCCUAAAGCGAGAAGAUACCUUUGGCUUCCCCCAUGAGCCAUUGAAAGCUUCUCGCUAAUGUCUGCGAGAUUGGCGGUAUCGGGACCUGUCACUAAAGCAUGUAUCAAAAAGACGCAUUGUGAGAUGAUCCGAUAUAAGCCGGCCGAGUACGACGUCGUAGUCGAUCCCUGCCGUAUAUCCUUGGUCUCGGAUGUUUGUGGUAAGAUGUUGAAAGGAAUAGGUUGGUCGUACAGCUCGUCUAUAGACAUGCUGAGGCAGGCCACGAGGCGAGGGAGAGCUAGACUGUGAGACGCAAGCUCUUUAGCGCCAAAAGGAUGGCGUGAAAAAGCGAUGAGCGUUCGCAAAGCAGCCAAGCAUAACGUAGAUUUCUCAUGGCGGGUAGUUACUGAUGGGUGGUAGUCCGUGAGCUUGUUUGUAACAUGGUUGAUGACAUGACCAGCGACAUGAGUAUCUUCGUCGUCUGUAAUCGGACCUAUUGAGUCUGGAAGUGCAGAGGUUGUCAGGAGCUCAAGCAUGCCCAAGAUAUCGGAAAGCUCCUGCUUUGGGCUCAGAAGUUUGUAGACCAUGUCAGGUUUUAUGCAUCUCCAAAAGACUGUCGACUUGGGCUUGAUUUCAUCUUCCGUCACAUCCAUGGCAGUGGAACAAGCUAAAGCGCUUGUAUACAAGACUGACAAAAUAUCAACGAUCUUGAUAUGCUCCUUCAUUGACUGAAAGUCAUCAUUCUUCAGCCGUCGUUCACCUUCACGUAUGCGGUGCUGCCAUUCAGCCAAAGUGCAGAUUGUGGCUUGCGCGGGAGGUGUCAGAUUCGGCAAAACGAAGGGAACGACUUCUGAUGCGUGGAGUGAGAAGAUGAAAGAGAUGACUGAGAGCAAAUACUUGAUGGGCUCCCAGAGCUGCUCCUCAUGGCAACGAUUCCACAUGUUGACCAUAAGAUUUGCAAAGUCCACAAGUAGCUGCAUCGGUCGAUCGGGACUUCCCAUCAGAGGUAUUUUUUGAAAUAUGAUGGCUGAAAGCGAGGUAUCUUUGUCAUCUUUGAAGGAAAAGCGAGACAAGAUGUCCAGUGUUGGGCGAGGG